ACCGCCAUAUCGACGCGUCAAUCACGACGAGCGUCGCUCUCAGCCAUGAAUCCCAAUCGAGAGGAGCGGCUGCAAAUGCGGCAACGCGGAGCAGCAUCACGAAAGCCGAAAGAAGUCGACUUUGGAUUCUCCUUUGGAUUAGCCCCCUCGAUUCCUGAAGCGCCGCCGCAACAGCCCACGACUGCCCCGGCACCGCAACCACAAACACAACCUGCGGCCCAGGCUCAACUAUCAUCGCCAAAGACAGAUUUACCGGGAUCGCAAGGGCUUCAGCGGACACCGGGAAGCGCGCGAAAUGCACGGCCGCAGAGACCUUCGACGUUUGAUAUCCCGUCGGACGAUGACGAAAUUGAGCUUCCGCGGAGUGCUAAGCGGAGGAAGAUCGAGACGCCUACAAAGAUAGGGCGAUUAGGUGCGAAGAGUCGACUGUCCCGACCCCAACCGGUUGAAUCGCAACGAAACGGUGAUACCGCGGUUGCUGCGACAGAGAAAUCGGAUGGAAUACCCGAUGGUAUACCUGGUCAGGACAAGGAGAAACCAGCAAAUGAAGCUCCUGUUUCUGCUCCGACAGGUGUACCGCAAAUACAACCGGAGAUGAAUCGUGAAGACAAGGCACAGACCGCCAAGGCGGCGCCAUUACAGGGAGCGCCGGAAGUACAGGAACCGCAAGAAAUCCAGAAACCCCAAGAACCGCAGCUGCAGGAGCAAUUGGUCCAGGAGACAGCACCGGAAGUACCUCCACAACCUGUCGAGGCACCAGUCGCGGCAUCGCAAGAGUCACCAGAACCCCCACAAGAACUCCCGCAAGAAGCGCCGCAAGAGCAACCACAACGGACAUCACCACCUCAAGGCACAAAAGAGAAACGAAGAAAGCGGACCUCUCAAGAGCAGCCAGGCAGUGUCGCAGAAGCAGCUGCCGAGGCGAAACCGACACAACCACCGAAGGAACCAGCGAUUCAGGACGAGGUACCACCACAGCGUACAAUAUCUUCCGAUCAUGGUGCAAAAGGCAAACGAAAGCGUCGAGACUCUCCUCAGGGGCAAGGUCCAGCGGACAUCGCACAAGUAUCUACGGAAAAGACAGAAGAACCGACACCACCGGAGUCAAAACCAGAUGUCCAAGAUACAGCCAAGCAACGGACAUCGCCACGCCAGGAGGAAGGAAAGAGAAGACGUCGCGAGUCAGAGGGUCAGGCCGUUACAGAAGGAUCUGCAAAAGAACCGGCUCAGUCAUCGGAACCAGCAGAAGCACAACGGUCAUCACUACAUCAGGCAAACACAAAAAGACGACGUCGAGUGUCUCAAGAGAAACCAUCAGAAGAUACUACGGCAGUCGCCACCAAAGAGGUACAGGAGCCGGAGCCUGAUGCUCAAGAGGCUGCACCAAAGAAACGAAGAGGGCGGCCACCAGCGUCUGCUCGAGAAGCUCAAGAGCAAACCCAGGACGUCGCGGAAGCAGUUACAGAAAAGACUCAACCUACCCAACCAACACAACCCGAACCUGAACCCGAACCUGAUACUCAGGAUGCAGCAAUAAAGCCCCCGAAACGACGAGGUCGACCACCUGCAUCUGCUAGAGAACCUCGAGAGCAGCCAGCGGAAGCAGUCACAGAAGAAAUCCAACCAACCCAGCCAGCAGAACCCGAGCCGGAGACUGAGGAGGCACCUUCGAAACCCCGGGAGAAGCGACGAGAUCGACCAUUCGCUGUUCAGCCUUCUGACAAGGGUAAAGAGCCUGAGAGGGAGGUCUCUGAUGAAGUGGUACCAGAAGGUCGAGGUCGUCAAGGGAUAAAGAGGCCUGAAUCCAAAGCUACGGAAGAGCCUAAUGAAGAGAUCGAGGAGCCUCAACCGGACGAUACAAAAACCCGCCCAACACCAAAGCCCGGAAAACGAGGUCGCCCAGCCAAGAGAACUGUUCAAGUUGAGCAAGAGUCGCAAGAAUCCGAGGAGUCUGAACAGGAGCCGGAACCUGAACAGGAACCCGAACGAGCUGAGCCUUCUAGGACAGAUGACACACAACCCACAGAGCAAACAGAACGCCCUACACGAAAGAAACGCGCCCCCCGCGGCGAAACCGUCCCAGUAACAGUCCACCGCCUCGCCAACAUCACAACCCUCGGCCGUGCCCCCGUCUACGACUCUUCCGAAAGCGAAUCAGACACCUCCACCGACGAACUCACCCAAAGAACCAAACACCCCACCCGUGGCGGCGUCAACCAAGCCGAUGUUCUUAACCAAAUCUGCCGCGAAACACUCGAAAAGACCCUCACAACACUACAAACUGGCAUCACAAACGAAACCAACCCGCAACGCAAAGCAGAAUGGACACGCAAGAAGAAAGCCGUGGAAGCGUUCGGAUCAGAGCUGGAAGGCCGGCUGUUCGAAAUGAGCGAAAUGCUCGAUAGCAACUUCGUCCUGGGCGUGCAGCUGCGUCGCGCUAAGCGCGAGAUGAUGGACAUGCGGAGCCGGUUGUACCACGUGCGGCGGGAGCGCGAGGCUAUCGCCGUACGGACGGAUGGCGUUCGACGGCGGCAUGCGGAGGAGGAGAGUGGGCGGAUGACCCGGACAAAUAUCAACAACAGCUUGCACGGGCUCGAGCUUGCCGUGGAGCGUCAGCGGCCGGAUGAGGACGAAGCUCCGACCAGUGGACUGGAGUACCUGGUGCGAGCGGUGGGAGAGGAGGUCAGCUCGCGCGGUGACGGGGGAGUACUGCAUCGCAUCAAGGCGUUUAACGCGGAGUUGGAGAGGGCAGCGCGAUGGUUAGAGUCGUGAUUGCUAUGCCAUGUACAAGUACAGAGUAUUGGUUUUGAUUUUGCUUGAUACCCAUUUGGAUAAUUUGACAUGCAUCUACGGAGUACAUACUACAUCAAGAGCGUUGGGCGUAC